AUGCGGCAACUUCUUUUAUUGCUGCCGAUUGUAGCGGCCUCACAAGCAGUUGUAAUCCGUUUGCACGACUCGGGCCUUCGCGCUGCCGCCAAUUUCACUCGACAAUGGCUUCACAUGGCCAUGCCACAAUUUGUUUUGCCUUCUUUUAAGCAAGAAUUCUCAACCUCAUUUGCAACUGGUCGAAUGGCGGUGACGAAUCUCUCUGUGCGGAGAUUUGUCUCACCGCUUAUCCGUUUUCGACCAACCGAUCACUCUGUGAUGUAUAUGAGUACGAUGAGUGGAUAUGCACAGGUGACAGCCGAUUGGUCAGUGGAUUCACAAGUCCUUUCAAUGCUUCGGAUACCGCUUGACGGACAGAUUCAAGCACAAAUGACUGGAUUGAUCUCCGAAAUCGCGAUGCAAAUCACUCCCGACAAUUCAGUCGAAAUGCAUCAUUGUGUCGCGCAAAUUCGCGAUCUUCGGCUAUCUUUGAGUGGCUCGAUGGCAGCUGAAGUUCUUCAUUGGUUCCGCAAUAGUCUUACUCGUGCAAUUCGAAAGCAAUUGGAACAGGAAUACUGUGACACGAUGCGAGUUCAUUGGAUUCCAUGGGUUUCCGAACAACUCGCUCAAUUCCCAACGAACAUCACAAUCAGUCAAAAACCGUCGGUUGUUUUAACUGAAUCACCGGAAUCCGUCGCUAUGACUUCACAAUUUGUCGAAUUCCGAUUAAGAAGUGAUCUGAUUUGGGAUGGACAUUUGGUUGAAUCGACUCCACAAAGGAAUAAAACUGUCAUGGAAAUUGAUUCCGUUUCGAAAACGCAACGAAUGGUGGAUAUUUUCGUUGAUGAGGAAACCGUUCAAUCAUCAAUAGCAGCUGCACAUUUUGCUGAUCAUUUAAAAACAACAAUCGAGUCUCCAUUCUUGGAUACGCAAUGUGAUGUGCUUUGUUUGGGCACAGUUGUGCCCGAGUUGGCUCGUGUCCUUCCAAACAAAACUCUUACAAUAAAUGCAAAAACCCUUUCCCCUCCAAUCAUCGCUCUCACUCCCGAUAAAGCUCUCGUUUUCUUGAACGCUUCUUUGGAUGUGAAUCCACAACCGAAAACUGAUGGAAUACCGGAUAGCCUUUUAACUGUGAAUGUCGAAACUGAAUUCGCGUUGAAAGUUGAAGUAAACAAGCAAAAAGUAAAAGGCAAUUUGCAUAUGUUGAAUGCACAAGCGACUUUGGUCGACAGUAAAGUCGGGCUCAUUUCACAGCAGACAGUCGAUUUCCUCGUCUCAAUGUCAACUCCAUUCCUCGAAGACGCCGUCGACAUGUGGGUCGGUCGUUACCUAGUCGAUGCUCCCGAUUUCCCAACGACAAACGAGAUCCUCACCAUCCAUCGCGGUUUCCUCCGCUACGAGGUCGACUUGAACAUUCCGCAGUUGAUGAAUCGACUUGUG